AUUUAUUUCAGUUUUUAUUAUCUUUUCUCUAUGGGAAUAAACUAAAUUGAAGAAUCAGUUUAUCUUCCUGGUAAGCCGGGAAACAGUCAGUGAAAGGUGUCAGUAUAAAAGUCUAACCCAGUUAAGAUCUUAUCAGACUAUAAUCAUGGCCUGGUAACAGACAUUAGAAUUCAUUUGUCCAUCCGAGCUGACAAAUCCAAUUUCAAAUGCAGUUUGAUUGAUUAAGAAACUGCACAGAUCAUUCACCUUGCUGCAAUUGGGAUCUGUACUGAUAUCGAGGUGGAGUGAAAUAAUAUUGCAAUUUGUAUGGACGCACUGCCAACUACUGGCGGAAAGGAGGUACUGUGUGCUAUUCACAUUAAGUGAAAUAUGAAAUGCAUUAGGCUAAAUUUAGACAGGUCACAGCUGAGUAAUGUCUGAGAUGUGACUACAGUAUGUGAUACAUCAUGCUGCUGACUGUGUGUGUGUGUGUGUGUGUGAGUGAGUGAGAGAGAGAGAGAGAGAGAUCAAUGCAGCUGUGUGAGUGCUGUAUCAUAUCACAGCUUGGGAAAAGGGUCAGACUGACAAACACAGCAUAGUUAAGCAGGUCAGUAUCCUGGAUACUUGAAUCAUGUUUUAUAAUACUGAGUUAUAUUUACUUUCCAGUGGAACUCAUAUGUAUGUUAUAUGUAUUUGUGGCGAUAUAAAAACAAAUAAAUGACCAGGAUACAAAAUACACUGCAUGAUUUUGCUCUUCUCACUACACACCUUCAAUGUGUGAUUUUUAUUUAAAACUGAAUGACCACAGAAACAGUUACUAUAAUCUUUUAAAAUUUCUUCCACCAAAGAACUAAGCACAGCCGUUCACAGCCGGAAAGUUUACUGAGAGCAAACAGCAGUUGCUUGGGAACAAAAGAAAACAAAUCUCAUGUCUGGCCUAGUGAAUCCAGGAUCUGCAAAAUUACAGACAGCCACUGUGGAACAUGUCAGCCAUGUUCCCCUUCUAACUUCAACAGUUUGACUAGGUUUCAUUUAUGGCUUGAUGAGUGUAAUUCUCAGGCAGAAAAAGAUACUCAGGUGACACUCGAACUGCACUAGUCUGCAGUCUUUGUCCUUUUGAUCUCUUUCCUGGUAUCCGGUGUGUUCCAUGUAAGGAAGCGGACUCAUUAAUGCUGCACAAUGGCCAAGGGAAAGAAAACCAGACAGACUAAAACUAAGACAAUCACCUUGAAAAUGGCUGAGAACUGCGUUCAACUGAUGCUGGAUGGUAGACGUUGCCUGGACCUCAGCUUCAAGGAGAUCUCCACGGUGCCAAAGUGCAUCCAGAAGUUGGGUGAAAUAGAUGAACUGGAUCUGAGCAGGAACAUGAUAAGAAAGCUCCCAGACUUUACUGACCAAUUCAUUAGCAUCUGUGUUUUGGAUCUGCACAGCAACUAUCUGGAGCAGCUCCCCGUGACUAUCGGUCGUCUUCGGAACCUGCUGGUUUUGAACCUAUGCAACAACCGUCUGACAAGCCUCCCCAACGAGCUCGGCCUGCUGAAGAAACUCCACACGCUCAACCUGGGCCUCAACCAGCUGGAAGCUCUUCCCGCAUCCAUCGGCGCUCUGAAGGAGCUCCGCCACAUCGGCCUCUCCGACAAUCGAUUCACCCGCGUCCCCGGCUGCCUUUCGAAGCUGGACAAGCUAGAGAAGGUCAACAUGGACAGGAACCCCAUCUUUCCUGAGCAGUCACCCAGCCAGGAGUCAGUCAUGAUAACGGAGAGACUUUACCUGGUCAAGGAGAGCUUCCUGUGUGAGGACUGCCUGAAUAAGUGCCAAGCUGAGAGGAAGAAGCUGAAGGAGGAACGAGCAAGGAACCCAAAUUAGUGCGUAUACCCAACAUGGUGAUUCGGAAAGGCAGGGAGAUGUAGGAACUGAUCUCACUUUUAAAAGACACAUUCAUACAAGGAUUGUUUUUAACCUCAUGUUAACGCUCAAGCAUAUGAGAUGAUUUCAUAGUGUACUGCACCUUCAGUGUAAAGUGGUUUUAACUCGCACCACAGCACCAGCUGCUGCUUUAAAAACACAGUCAGGAGACUAAUUAAACAUCCACUAGAUGUGUCUGUUGCACUGGCAUAGUUUGAAUUGACUUUUAUGGAGCUGGUAUGGAUUGAGUUUGUGUUUUGGUCCAAUACACUUCAGGAAUAUGGAUGCUUGUGAACACAUCAGUUUAUAACUUAAAUUCAGCUACAUUUUUAAUCAGCAGGUCAGCUCAUUCAUCUUAAGCUUUUUGCUUACUAUAUAACAUUUACCUUUAAAAAUUUCCGUUUGAAAUAAACAAGCAUAAUAUCCAAGCAGUUUUGAUCGCAGAAAUUUAAUCUAGUUUACUUUUGUGAUUUUCUUAUUUAUGGUAGGACACAGCGUGAACACAAUUCUCAAAUUUGUAUAUUUGUGAUCCAUGAGUAAAAUGUACUGUAAUCAGCAUGUACUGUACUGCAUGUGCUGACUACUGUGCUGACUAUCUCUUGGGCCUAGAGGGCAGCAAAGACUCACUGAGGACCAACACUUCUGCCAGCACCUUGCUGCCAUUGUUUCUGAAUGAUUUAACAAGCAAGAAAUUAGAUAACUCUUAUCUUCAAAGUCUGACGUGAAGUGUAUUAAUAUUUGAGUAUGCAUGAUUUAUUGAUUAUGAUCCUAAAUGAUCAUCAUCAUGAUCCUAUAAAACUACCAUAUCUGUAAAGACUUUAUGAGGAUAGGCGCAAGUAAACAUUUCAGUUAUUCUGGCUUAGUAUUCAUAGUUUAGUGGCGUGACAAUGAGGAAGGUGUGGGCAAAACACUAAUAAUUUGAUAAGCACUAAUAAAGUAAAUAAAACAAUGAAACUUCUAAUACGCCAAGACACAUGCACACGCCAAAAUACACACCCACAUAUAAAACUAAUGACAGAAGACUUGGUUUUGAUGCCCACAAAUUUACUGUUUUUGUUUCCCAUCAGUGUAUUU